UAUUGAUGGGAAAACAAGGGACUGUGGGAGGACAGAUAAGGGUGGCCGUGGGCAAACGUGUGAGGGAAGUCAUACGCAAAGAGCUUAAAUCUAUCCAUACUCUCCUCAGUCUUUAGUUUUGCCUCAAUUUACUCUGGAUUGAAUGUAACAUCUAUUCAUCAGUUAGAUUUGCAACGAAGUGAGGUGAAGACACCGCCUACUCUUGCCUGAAGGUCCUGCCAACAAACAGGAAGAUCACAUCCACUGCAGGGCUCAGUGACUGACCCAACAGGGGAUACCAUGGAAGCCCCUCUUGUGUGUUUGGAUGAGGAGUUUGAGGACCUCCGGCCUUGCCGUAUGGAUGAGUUUGAACACCCAGCACUCAACCACUCCUCUUACACCACCACCACUGUCCCACUGGUCGCCAUCACCCGAGAGGACUUCUCUGAGCUGGAGAACUUUUCCGAGAUGAUGAGCUUUAAGUCAAUGGAGGACCUGGUCAACGAAUUUGAUGAGAAACUCAACGUCUGCUUCCACAAUUACAACACCAAGACCGAGGGCCUGGCGCCGAUACGCAACCAGUCACAAAACCAAGAUGAUGAGGAACAGCUGCAGGAUGAAGAUGUGUGGGAUGCCCUGACCGACAACUACAGAGCUGCAUGGGACGAGCCAGACUCAGAGGGAUUCAACGGAAACCUUUCUGGCAAAGAGAUACACGAAAAAGAGGAGGAGGAAAUGAAUGAAAAGAAUGACAAUGCUAACUGUCUCAACGAAGAGCCUCUAAUGACAGCAGAUCAGGUCAUUGAGGAAAUAGCCGAGAUGAUGGCAAACUCCCCAGACCCCGGUGAAACUGAGGAAGAGGACGAGGAGGAGAGCAGCCGUUGCUCCUCCAGGACUCACCCUUCCCUGCUCGAAGAGAUCCGACAACUGUCCCAGGCCUCAAACAACAAUUGCUCUUACGAAGGCCUGAGUUUGAUGCCUAGUUCCGCACUGUUUGAACUGCUGCACCGUGUGGAAGCCGCAAUCCGCGAAUACUCUGAGGAACUGGUCAGUCAGCUGGCACGGCGUGAUGAGCAGGAGUUUGAAAAAGAGGUGAAGAACACGUUCAUCACAGCCGUGAUUGAAGUGCAAAACAGGCAGAAAGAGCAGCGAGACAGUAGCAAGCGCCGACGCCGGGACAAAGCUUUGAGUCUACAAGGAGGCGUGGGUUUGGUGUCUGUGAACGCAGGGAAUACUGGCACCACUGCUCGCGUGGAGAAGACAGGAAGCAUGCCUGUUAAGCGCUUUAGUAUGGAGGGACUAUCCAAUAUUCUGCAGACAGGCAUCAGACAGACAUUUGGAAGCACAGGAAAUGAGAAACAGUAUCUGAACACGGUUAUCCCUUAUGAGAAGAAAGGCAGUCCUCCAUCUGUUGACGACCUGCAAAUGCUCACAAAAAUUCUUUUUGCCAUGAAAGAAGACAGCGAGAAGGUGCCUACACUGCUAACUGACUACAUAUUAAAAGUGUUGUGUCCUACCUAAGGUAUUGUACCAGCUAGGGGCCACGCUUUGACUGGAACUCCUCCUGAUGCCAUCGGCCCAUGCAGCAUGACCUUCCUACUUGUCGGCCAUUAUCAGCCAUGGAUCCUCACCACCAACAUCAUUGUAUUCACCUCAACUUUGACGAUUGCCUCUCGCUGAGCUUCUCCUCGCUCUCCUUGCACUUAAUCAUGCUUUAGCCAGUCACUGAAAUAUACAAAGUGGGACAGCCAAACCCCGCUGUUACAGGACUUCACUAAUGGAGCAUGACAUCCAGUACUAUGAAUUGUUACACCAUUUUAUUCCUCUGUUUCCGUUCGUAUUUAUCGUAGACAUAAUUCCUAAAGAGUACAUUGCAGUCACAAAUGACAGACCUCUCUGUAUUGUUGAAAUUUAAAUUUAAUUGCGUCCACAAGCCAUGCACUGUUCUCUGACAACCGUAGCGGAGUGAAAGGGAAAAACAAUUCAGGAGCAGUGUAUUUUUCUUGUUUCUUGUUAUUCACUCUGUGAAUCCAGUGUUUUGCAAUCUGUUUUGAUUUGUAUAGAACAUUUGAUAGAAAGGGAUUUUUCUACUUUCAUUUAAUGACACCGGAGUGACAAGCUAUUCCAUAUUAUUCAGUUGAACUGGACAUGUUUCAAAGUUAACCUUUGAUAUUGCCCUUUGAGGUCAACUUUUCAAAGGGAAGUGUGAACCUUUGCAUAUGAUCAUAUUUAUGACAUAUUGAGACGUGUAACUGAAUCUUACAUUGCUAAAUUGCCAAUUCUAAUAAACAUCCUAUCCUAAUUAUAUGGUGCUGAUCUUCCCAAAUUAUUUAAAUAAUUCAGAGUUGGUUUUCCCUUAAAAAGUAAUUUUCAGUUUUUAGUCCACAAAGGGUGGCUUUGUACUUAUAUAUGGCAGAAAACACUCAGGUGACUUGAAGUUCCGCUCUGAGACCCCCAAUUUUUGCCAACUUUCAAAAUUGUCCGAUAUGCAUGUCUGAUACAUCAUUGGAAAGCUUAAAAUCUCAAUUUUCUGGGGAAAGAAACAUUUUGAACAGGAAGGCAUUUAGAAAAAAAAAAAAAAUUAAACAGCGAAACCCUAUUUUGAGGUGAGAGCAUGAAAGAGCAGAAUUAAAGAUGCCAUGACUUUAAUGAGAUAUUAUCGCGUACUUACCUUG